AAAAUAAUAAAAAUAAAGAAAAACCACUGAAGGAGAAGGUGUGUCCAAACUUUUGACUGGUACUGUAAGUUGUAUCUUCGUUUUGUGCCAUUAGUUUUAUUAGGUGUAAGUUAUGAGUUAGCUAGUUAGCUGUCUGGCUAACUUCGCUGUGUGGUGAAAUGAGUUUAUAAUCAUUAUUUAAUACUGUAAUUGGUUUGAAAUGAUCAAUAAUCUGCAAUCAUUACCAGGUUUAGGGAUCAACACUUAUACUUCCUUGUUUCAUAGUUUUGGGGAGUCUAUAAUUUUUAAGAACUUCUACAAAAACAUGAUAUAAUAAUUCUCAUAAAUCUUUCCAGAAGUGUUUAUAAAAAUUGGAUGUAAGACCAUCUGGGCCUGGAGCUUUGACCAAUGUUAGUUUAUCAAUAGCAUCAUCAAGCUCGUUUAUAGGUAAGUUCUCAUCACAAAUCUUUUUGAAACUAUCCUCUACCCUGGGUAUUUGUCCUUUAAUAGUCUCAAACAAAAAAGCAAAGACAACCUGUGGGUGAAUAAAGUGAAGAAUAAAUAUUCUUGUAAAAGUAGUAAAUCUCUUUAGAAAUUAAAGAUUGAUCAGUACAUUCCUUAUCUUUAACAAGCAUGCUUUUAAUUGCAUUAUGUUCUUGCUGUCUCUUUUGUAGAUUUCAACGAGAUCUGAUGAAAGCUCCUUUUGCUUUUUUAAGAUAUAAAUCAUCUAAGAUAUAAUCAUAUUUUUUAAGAUAUAAAUCACUACAAUUUUUUUUGUCUAACUUCUAAUGAAUCAGUCAUAUUACAUUAUACUACUUAUAUAUUAAAUUCUACAGUCACAGAAUAUCCCACAUAUGGUUUAACAUGAAUUGUUGUGUUUUCAGUAUUUUGCACAAUAUAAUGCAACUUCAAGAUGUAGCAAUGUUUUAUAUAACGUAAUAAACGCUAUCUGCAAUAAUCACAGAGAACCUCAGUUAAUUUCCGCUCACUGUCCCUCCCCGGAAGUGCUCAUAUGACUACACGGAAAAUAAAACCAAGAACAGCGGCAGCUAUUUUUGUGGAUAAUAAGGAAUCGUAACUUCUGAGUAAUUUACGGUGUUUCUGGUUAAAACUAAAGUAUGUACAAGAAAAAAAAGUAUAGUAAUUGGACUUGUUCCUGAGGUAAUAUUCCGUCGGUCGCGACACUGACUGAGAGAAUAAGGCAUCUUUCUACUGAAAAACAUUCAACUCGACUACAGAAGAAAAUGGAGGACAACAAAGUGAAAGGAGGGUGAAAUGGCAGUGCUCAAGAAACGACGCUGUCCAUACUGCUAUCACCCAGUUCUGCUGCACUGGUCUAACUAUGUGUUUAGAUAAAAUCAUGAAAUCCACGUUUCUGACCCUUCGCUUGUUCAUAUUCGGUGUUCAUGCUGUCCUCACAUAUGGAGCCAGAUGUGGGCAAAGUGAAUAUCUAUCAGCAGCUGGAGAAUGUUGUCCUAUGUGUAAUAUAGGGUCGGUGGUUUUCAAAGACUGUAGUGGUGAUUACAGUACAACAUGCAAACCUUGUUCUAAAGGAACAUUCAUGAAUGAGCCUAAUGGCUUAUCCAACUGUUUUCCAUGUAAAACCUGUGACACAGGCCUUUAUAUUUUACAAGACUGUACCACAAUAAAGAAUACAGUCUGUGAGGUCUUGGAUGGAUAUUAUUGCAUGCAUUACUUUGAAGGAGAAUGCUCUCAUGCAAUGAAACACAGUAAAUGUAAACCAGGGCAACAAAUAAAAACUCCAGGCACUAAGGCCUCAGAUACAGUUUGUGAGCCCUGUCCACGAGGAUUUUAUUCUCCUGAAGGUGUGACCUGUUCUAAAUGGACUGACUGUUCACUCUAUAAUGAGAUUGAGGACCAAGAAGGCACUUCCAUUACAGAUGUUAAAUGCAAACCGAGAAGGCACACAUAUGUUCUCCUAGCAUCUGUUCUCACAGCUGCAGUUCUUUCACUGUCAUUUAUGGUGUUAUAUUUGAUACACAGACAAGUAAUCAAAUGUAGCACAACAUUAAAUAGUACUGUAGAGGAAACAGCUCCUCAGCUUUCAGUAUGCGCACCAUCAUCCAGUAAACUGGAAGAAGAUCAGGAAACAGAUUCACUAGCUGUAACCUGAUUGUAACAAGGAACACACCGUGCCUGUGAAAACAUGGUGAAUUGAUUCAAUUCAAUUCAAUUCAUUUUUAUUUGUAUAGCGCUUUUUUACAAAGGUCAUUGUCUCAAAGCAGCUUUACACAAACAAAAGUAAAGUGAAGUGUGUGUGUGACGUCUCUGAUGAGCAAGCAGGGCGACGGUGACAAGGAAAAACUCCCUGAGAUGGUGAUAGGAAGAAACCUUGAGAGGAACCGGGCUCAACAGAGAACCCAUCCUCAUAUGGGUUUACACUGUAGUGCGUGUGUGUGUGUGUACAAUGUGUGUUGGUGUAGUCCAUGGAAAACAUCUGAAGCGUUUUCGUGGCAGUAUGAAGCAUUGCCGGUGGACAGGUCCAGAGUGAAGGGGGGGGGGUCUGGAUUACCAGCAGCUCAGGAGUGAUGCUCAUCUGGUCCAGAGCGUAGGGGGGUCUGGAUCACCGGCAGCUCAGGAGUGUAGCUCGGCAGAAAGAGAAGGAAAGUGGUUAGGUACUCUCACAGUCACCGUGUGGAGAUAAAACUCAACAUCCACGAGUCCCCCAGAUCUACUCCUUUGAUAAAAACACUAGUCGCUAAAUGCUAGGUUAAAUAAAUAAGUCUUCAACCUCGACUUAAACACGUACAUUAACUGGGAGGCUAUUCCAUAAUUUUGGGGCUUGGUAAGAGAAAGCUCUGCCCCCUGCCGUGGUUUUGGCAAUGCGUGGUACUGAUAGACAGCCUGCAUCCUUAGAGCGAAGUACGCGCGGCGGAACGUAAGGUACUAACAUAUCGCUUAAAUACUGCGGAGCGAGACCGUUUAAUGCUUUAUAGGUUAGGAGUAAUAUUUUAAAAUCGAUGCGGAAUCUUACUGGGAGCCAGUGUAAUGUAGAUAAGACUGGCGUGAUAUGCUCAUACUUCCUAGUCCUAGUAAGGACCCUCGCUGCUGCGUUCUGAACUAUCUGAAGCUUAUUUAUGCAUCUAGACGAACAUCCAGAUAGUAAAGCAUUACAGUAAUCUAAUCUGGACGUGAUAAAUGCAUGGACUAGUUUUUCAGCAUCACUUAGCGAAAGUAUAUUUCUAAUCUUAGCGAUAUUUCUGAGGUGGAAAAAUGCUAACCUGCUUACAUUAUCUACAUGCGCCUCAAAUGAGAGAUUAGAGUCUAUAAUCACACCGAGAUCUUUUACUGUUGGACUACUUGAAACAGAGAGACCAUCUAAAGUAACAGUGUGAUCUCUAAACUUACUUCUAGCGGCUUGUGGUCCCAGUACCAGAACCUCUGUUUUUUCUGGGUUUAGCAGGAGAAAGUUGCUUAGCAUCCAGUCUCUUAUGUCUAUCGCACAUGCCUCAACUUUCUUUAACUGGCUAUUCUCAUCUGGCCUAGCUGAGACGUAUAACUGUGUGUCAUCAGCAUAACAGUGGAAGCUAAUGUUAUGUUUACGGAUUAUGUUACCUAAAGGGAGCAUGUAUAACGUGAAAAGCAGUGGGCCUAAGACUGAACCCUGCGGAACGCCAUAUUCUACUCGAUAACGUGCUGAGUGGUCACCGUUUACAUCUACAAACUGAUAACGAUCAGUUAAAUAAGAUCUAAACCAGUCGAUUAAUUCCUACGACCUUUUCCAGUCUGUGAAGAAGGAUAUUAUGGUCGAUAGUGUCGAACGCUGCGCUAAGGUCGAGUAAAAUUAAUAGACUAAUGCAACCCCGAUCAGAGGCUAAUAGCAAGUCAUUGACUACUUUGACUAAUGCUGUCUCUGUGCUGUGGUGGGGCCUGAAACCUGACUGAUAAAGUUCAUAGAUAUUAUUACUUUGUAGAUAUGAAAUUAGCUGCUGCGCUACUACUUUCUCUAGUAUUUUAGAUAGAAAGGGAAGGUUUGAAAUCGGCCUAUAGUUAGUUAAGUCGUUAGGGUCAAGGUCUGGUUUCUUCACUAGUGGUUUAAUAACAGCUAAUUUAAGUGAUUUUGGAACGUACCCAUUGCUCAGUGAGGAGUUAAUUAUUUUAAGCAGAGGUUCAGUUACGGUUCCAACUAUUUGCUUAAGAAGACGUGUUGGUACCGGAUCUAAUAGACAGGUUGAUGAUUUAGCAGAAGAGAUGAGUGAGAUUAAAUCAUUCUCUUCAAGAGGAGUAAAACUUUCUAAGCUCUGAUCUAUGGUUAGUCUAUCCUCCCAGUCUAUUGUAUAAUUUGGACUUUGGGCCUGUAUCUUCUGCCUAAUGUUUUUAAUUUUGCUAUCAAAGAAUUUCAUGAAAUCGUUACUUUUGUAUGCUGUUAUUGUGGAAAUUUCUGUCGAUGUCUUAUUCCUAGUUAAUUCUGCUAUGGUGUUAAAUAAGAAUUUAGGAUUACUUUUAUUAUUUUCUGUAAGCGUUGAUAAGUAAGUGGACCUAGCUUGCCUUAGAGCUUUUUUAUAGGCUAAAAUACUGUCUUUCCAUGCUAUUUUAAAUGCUAGGAGUUUGGUCUGGUGCCAUUUACGCUCUAGCUUUCAGGCGUUCCGUUUUAGAGAGCGGGUGUGAUCACUAUACCACGGAGCGAGUUUCUUAUCUUUAAUUGUUUUUCUUCUAAGUGGGGCUACAUUAUCUAAGGUACAGCGGAAUGUCGACUCUAAAAAUUCUAAAAAUUUCAGUGUGUUUCUUACCAAACCAUCAGCUCUACAAAAGGAGAAAUAGACUUUUUUUUUUUUUGGUUUGGAAACCCAAAAAAGUGACAGGUGAUUUUUUGAGAGGCUUCUCUGGUUAAUGCCCUCUUUACUGAUCACUGACUCUCUUCUCGGCAGAGCGGGAUUGUGCCGUAUUCUUUCCAUUUUGUGUUAAUGGAUUUAAUGGUGCUCCACAGGACAUUCAAAGUUUAGGAUAUUUUUUAUAAUUACACCCUGAUUGGUACUUUUACAGAACUUUGUCCUACACUUUUUUUUUUUGAUAGUUCCUGCAUCUUCAUGAUUCGUAUUGUUUAGGUAUGUUGUCUGUUCCUGGAACAUGAAGAUGAUGUAAUAAUUUAACUCGGCUUCACUCUAUUCUGCUAAUUAUGUGACUUCUGCUGGAAACUGGUUACAUCUAACUAAUUUAGGGUUCAGUACUAGUUUAGAGUUUCACUUUUUUUCAUUGAUGCAAUCACACCUUUUAAAUUGUAAUUUGUAAUUAAUUUUUGAAAAGUAUUUGAUUUUCCUCUACUUCAAUAUUGUGAGUUAAACUGUAUCUCUUUGGGCUUGAUUUCUAACAUUAUUAUGGUUUGCUCUUGUAUCACGUGCAUUUUCCAAACCUUUAUGUUCAUGCCCUAAGAGAACACAAGUGUCUAAAUUUUUGUCAGGAACUCUUAAAUAUUGCCCAUUGCGAUUGCAUAAAAACCACCUUUCUUAUAACACUAAUUUUAUAUCUGGGAUUCUUUAGGGCUUUUCCCACUUGAAAUAGUUAUCCCUGGGUCAUUCUAAACCCCGGGUAAACAGAGUCCUGGGUUAUCCGCUUUCACAUUUCACAUUGCUCAUACUUUACUCAGGGUUAACAAUUAAUCCUGAGGAUUCAUAAUCUGACGUUUCACACUGUACAUUCAUAAACCCUGGGUUAACAUUCUUACCAUGACUGGAUAAAUACAACAACCAUGACUGGAUAAAUACAACACGCGACCGGUUUAAGUGACAGCUUGUCUCGUGCUUUUGCAUCAGUGAGAAAAAAUGUCACCAUAUAAAUCCACCUUGGCGGUUUUAAGCCUCCUGAGACGCAGAAAGGCAAGAAAACAAAGACAAAAAGGCAAAAGAAAGAAAACACAGAGACUUGUGUUUACUUUUACAGUAGCAUCAUUGUUUACUGCUCUGUCCUCAUCUCAGAAAUUACGGGUCAUUCCCAAGAGACAGUACAGGAUGAUCGCUCAACUCUUAGGAGUCAGGAUUUCUACUGUUUGCACGGAGGUUCAGCAGGUAGACUACUUCUAACAUUCAUUAAACUGCUUAGAAAUAGACCAAAUGAUACAUCGAUUUAAGGGGGAAAAUAUUGAGGAUGAAAAAAAGUAAAGCAGCUAGUGCAUUUUUUUAAUGUUCAUCUCAAAAAUGUGAACUAUAAAGUUUAUCCCAGUAUUUUUUUUUCGUUUAGCUGAAGCAAGUGAUCCAUGCAAAGUUAUUAAUCCCUAGGAGGCAUUAACAAUUAACGAAUAGUUCAAUUCCUGAUUGGGUGUCUGUUACGGCUAGAUGCUUAGCCACAAUCUAACACUGCAUCGUGUCACACUGUACACGUUUGGCACAAUGUGGGGUUAACACUGCAAAAGCGGUGCUAACCCCGCUUCUAAAUCACAAGUGUGGAACUUUCCUCUAACAUUCAUGUGCUGGCCAGCUACAGUACAAUCAGUACUGACAAUCAGUACUGUAAAAGAAAUGCAAAAAAUUCUACUCCAUUUGAUACUAAAAAUGGAAAAAACAGUAACUUUGAGUUCAAUGUAUUUUAAUGUAAUCUACGAAUCAUAUGGCAAUAAUAAACUACAUCCAUCAGCAGGAAAAUCAAUGACAAAGUCUAAUUGCACUUAUAUCUAUUUUAGCCUAUAUUGCAGAAUUUUUUAAAGAUCAGGGGGCCUGAACAGCAAAACAAAGGUUUAAAAUAGACAAAGAGUUUGUUUGUCCUACAUUUUACAUAAUUACACAUGCUUAUAGAUCUGUUGUGUUGGUAAAUAAGCCUACUUUCUGAAAUCAGACAUCAGUGACCAAACUGGGGGCCAAGUGGUUUUGUAUUUGAAUUUGUCAUUAUUUAUUUGUGGUACUUGCUAACAUAAGCAUCAACAUUGGCAUGACCAUGAACACUGAACCCAAUUUAGGUGAUGUAGCCAAAACCAGUCAAAUCCAAAUGCCUUUUUCUAUUAUUGUUUUCUGUAAAUUACUUACAACUUUUUUACUGUGUUGUAUAAAAAGAGUUCUAAUACAUUAUUCUAUUCUAUGUUCUAAUACAAUCAAAUACAUUAUUGUUUUAUAUUUUUUUAUGACAUCCACAGGAACCUGUAUUGUUUUAUAUUUUGUAUAAAAAAAUGUAUAAAAAAAAAAAAGAUGUGUGAUCAUUGAUGUGUUGAAGUUUUGUCUGAAGAAAUGUUUAACUUUUUUGUGAAGAGUGUACAGUAUGACACGGGAAAGCCUGCAGGACAGGGCUCUGAGCUUUAACAGGAGAUAUCAGGAACUAACUUGUUAUGUAGAUGUUACGCAUUAAAAUUAAAGGAUAAAAUGUAAAACAAAACGUUCUUUAAUAAUUUGCUUUGUUGGCAAAUUGCUGUGGUAUAAGAGAAAUAAGACACUUCAGGAUGUGCUAUUAUUGGAAAAUAAUCAACUUCAGGGUUAUAACAGUAACUGCUCUGAUGUUGAUUAUUUUCCUAUAACAGCACUCUUUAUAGUGUUUUUAAUCCUUGCAUAUAUUUAACAUCACUUUUGUAAUGAAAUGGUUGACAGACAGACAGAUAAGCAAAGGGGAGCCGAAUGCUAAUGUUAGGGAACUGUUCUAUGUUUGCUGGCUUGUACACAAGUUCUUAGUGUGUUGCUAUUCAGUGAGUCGGAUCAUUUGGUUCGGCUCAUUAAUAAGAGCCGAAUCUUUAGCCCUUUAAACGGCUCAUUAUCAUUUUUUUUCCCUGAACAAAAGUUUGUAAUGAUCCAUGAUUAUUAUUCUUUGCCUAAUUAUGUCUGAAAUUGUUUUAUAAAAUCUUAAUCUAACGUCA